CAAAAACCUGCCGAUCCCGAGCAAACGAAAGAAAAUCGUCACAGAAACAAUUCAUCACACUCGUUCAACAAGAGCUUCUUGAACACCAACCUUGACAAAACAUAUACAUUGCAAUACGCAUUCAAGAAUCCAAAAGUUUUGAUCCGACCCAAAGUAUGGUGCAGCUACUCCCAAGAUCCUCUUCGCAAGAGGCCUUGCAAGACCUCCUCGCCGUCACCCAUCCCCCAUGGCUCUCCUCGCACUGCUCCCUCAAGCCCUCAAGAUCCCUCCCUGCUCUAGCAGACCUCUCCCUCUCCUCCAGCGACGACCUGGACCCCUCCCACCCUUCCCUCGCCCCUCCCGUCUGGCCAGCUCACAGCGUCCCGAGGCUCCUUGGCGGCAUCCGCCCUGCAGCUGCUCGCCACCCCAUCAUGCCAGUGAAGAAGUCAGAGCGGAGGCUGCUGCAGUCAUCGUUGGAGGAGGAAGGAAGCUGGACGCUGGUGAAGGUGCCAGACAUGAACCAGGACGUGAGGAGGGUGUACAACGCGUACAUGUCUAGGGCGAUAGAGCAAUGAGCAGGUAUGAAUAAACAGACCGCGUGCAUGUCGACGGUAGGGAAGGGGGUUGCGCAACUCUGUGGGGGUCUGUUUAUCGGCAGAGGACUCGACCGGGGAGGUACAUUGCAGUUUUUUCACCUGGACGGAUGUCAUGAGAAAUAUACAUCCGGGUCGUGUACUUUGGUCAUCGUGCAUUUUGAUACAGGGUGCUAGGCAAUGAUGGUUGAGCAUGAAGCUGAGAGAAGCUUUUCGAUCAUGGCAGGUAUCAUGGCAUCAUGAAC